AUGUCGUUCCGCCCCGGCUCCCGCAUCUUCAACACCUUCCGACCCUUCUUCCAGCGCGCCCAUGCCCGCAGACGAGUCAACACAGCCGCCGGUGCUGAACCAGCCGGCUUCCAAAAGUUCUGGAACAGUCCCAUUGGGCCCAAGACGGUGCACUUCUGGGCCCCAGUCAUGAAAUGGGGCAUGGUCCUCGCCGGCGCCUCAGACUUCUCCCGCCCCGCCGAAUCCCUCUCCUUCACCCAAAACUUUGCCCUCAUGUGCACGGGCGCCAUCUGGACCCGCUGGUGCUUCGUCAUCCGCCCCAAGAACAUUGCCCUCGCGGCCGUCAACUUUCUCGUCUUUUGCGUCGGCGCAACACAGGUCGGUCGCAUCUAUGCGUAUAACAAGAGUCUGGAGGCGACGGGCGAGGUGGCGAGGAGUGAGGGUAGGCAGUUGGAGGGCGAGUUGAAGAAGGUGGUGGAGAAGGCUGAGGGCGAGGUGGAGAAGGUGGUUAGAUAG